AUGUCGGCCCAAGUUGUUCCCAGCAUCCCCCCUCGUCCGACUCGAGCCCAACAAGCUUCUGCAGCGCAAGGUGCCAACCAGCUGCCCGAAAUCCCUCCACGUCCAGUCAACAAACGCCUCGAGCGAUCCGUAUCUCCCGGACACUUCCCUCGGUCUCCUCUAAAUGACCCUUGGAAUACCAACAAUGCUCGACAGAAGGCCAAUGACCAAACAGAGGCAAUGCCUCGCCGGCCUAGUGUCCAACAUCUUCCCUCCCUUGGACAAGAAGGAAUGGAAUAUGGUGAGAUAAUGGAACAGGCAAGCCAACCGCCUUCGGCCUCUGAUCCUCCUGCGGAAAGUGCUGCACAGACGAGAAAUAUUGCCCAAGAUCUCACGCUGCAUGCCCCCAAGCCUUCUUUGCCGAAGUCAAGUGCCGCAGCACAGAUUCAAGCUGUUACCAGGACAGACUCUCAGCAGGCGGCUCAGCAUGGUAUUGGAAAGUCGUCGACUCCAGGUCAAGAGGAAGGUGAUGGUCUAGGCCGCGUAAGAACUCGAACUAGUUUUUCCAGACCAAGUUCUACUGUGGGAAAUGAACGUCGCUCCUCCAUCUAUGGAGAAGAAUCAGGCCCGGCAGAAAUAGGUAUCCGAGUUCCCAUUAAUCCAUUACUGGGAGAUGUGCAGGCGCCUACCCCAGGCAUGACCCCGGCCCAUACCGGGGAAAAUGGUGCCUACAGGAAACUUCAUUCGCGUUCCAAAAGCCGAGAUGUGUACAACCCCCCAGGGAGCUACGGCCUCCACGGCCACGGAGUGAUUCCACAGGACAGGUUCGAAAAGGAUUGGUACGCAAAGCACCCGGAGGCUGCUCAUCACGAAGAGACCACCGGCCACGGUGUGUACGAGAGCAUCGGAAGUGGCAGGGGAAGCUUUGCCUUGAGUUCCGACGACUUGAACAAAAUAGUCCGCGAGACUGCCAUCCGGGGAGCCGGAUUUGGUACGUCUGGAACCACGUUCUCGUACCCAGACGAACAGAUCGGAUAUGCUGCUUCCGACGUCUUCAUUUCGAGGUCUCAGGUCAACACGCCCAAUAGUCUGGCAAAGACGAUUACCAACAGUUCUCAGCCCGCCGUUGAGUCUCCUUUGAGGAAGGCUAGUUUCCCCGCUGAUGGCACGACCCCUGCCGAGGUUCGCCGAGGAAGGCUUUCGGUGUCUGGUAGACCCGAUGAUCAUGACGCCCUGGAAAGUGAAUCCGAGCAGGAAGUCCAAAUACAGCCCCCUCGCCGUCGCUUCAACAAAAUCACCGGCGGGGAGGAGACACUCAACGAGACUCAAGAGGCGCAGCCGUACGUCUCCCACUCCACUGGUGAGGAUGGCUAUGUCAAUGAGCACGGAUACACGGUCCCAAUUUUGGCCGCGGAUGAAGUGGCGAAAGAGGUGGGCAUUGGACACCUACAACCGGCCGUUUCUCCCAGAGCCGAACGCCGCGGUAGUGACUUCGACAUGGACUUCCGUAGCGGUGAUGCGACCCCAGCUUCCCGGCCAUCAAGCAGGCCAUCAAGUAUCUAUGGGCUCCAGAAUGCAUCCCAGUCGGCGCCUCGAUCCGUCCCGCAUCUCGAGGAACGUGACAAUAUGCAUACCCCCUUAGAAGACGUGGAGGAGUAUGAACCACUCUUUCCCGAAGACGAAGACACGAAGAAACCACUCAGCCACGCCGAACGAUUUAAGCAGAGGCCGAACUCGCUUAGACAACGAUUCCCGAGUCAAGAUAUCUGGGAAGACUCUCCCAGCAGCGCCCUACAUUCUGCCACGGUCUCAACGCCUGACCUUCCUCCGCCAACGGAGGCUGCGCAAACGGAAGAUUCCGUCUCAAAGACCUUUGAAACACCCGAACAGGAAGCGGCACGCAAAGAAGAACCUUCCGAAGAGGAACGCAGAAAGCUCAUUCCGAAGGAGGAGAGACUGGCGAAAUCAAAAUUUGCUCCGCACCUCCGCGACGACAUGCCGACGAGACCAGGGAUGGUACCUCGAUUUCCCAGUUCCGAUAUAUGGGAAGAUGAACCAGAAAGCCAGCGCCUUGUUGCCAUCGUCAACACUCCACCGGUGGACGAAGAAGAUGAGAGUCCGGUUGAGAGUCCGGGAAAGCCAUUUGUGCCUCCGCGUCCCGCAGACAGGAGUAGGUUAGGCGAAAAUGCUUCAACAGCCCAAGUUGCCCCGAGCGUUGUACCGCCGUCACAGACAGACACGAACCUUGGAGAGGGCACCUCUACCUCGCCGACCGAUUCGAAGAAAGUCCCAAGUAUACCUGACCGACCAAAGCCUCAGAUUCCGGCUCGGCCAGGCAGGAAACCGGUUGGAGAGGGAUUGAACAAAACUCAUUCGCGAGAUUCUGCCGGAUCAGCGGAACAGGACAAGGUGUCACCUCCCAUCGCCAAAGCAAAGCCGCAGAUCCCCGCGAAGCCCGGACAAGGUAGCAAGAUCGCGAGCUUAAGAGGUAACUUCAUGAAUGACCUCAAUCAGAAAUUGGGGUUGGGCCCUCCCAAGGAGAAGGAGCCUGAGCCUGUUGUAGAAGACGCCAAACCGCUAGAUGAUGCCAGAAAGGCGAGAGCACGGGGCCCUCAAAGGAGAGCACCGGCGAGGUCUUCUGCACCUGCUGUCGCUCCUUUGCGAUUCUCUAUGUUCACACCGCGUGCUCUGUGGACAAUCGACGAUACAGACGAGGUCAAUGUGGCUGCGGAUGAGCCUUCUGCUCCAGAAGCUUCAUCGAAGAGCGAAGACGCCCAUGCCACAGCUGACCACUCCGGCGAAACUGCGAAACCGGGGGACAUUUCAACAGCCCCCGAUGCAUCCGUGCCUUCGACUACGGAGAAAACAGAUCACGCCGACAACACAGAGGACCGUCAAGGAGAUGAACCGGUACCCCAUGCCACCCGGAUCGCCACAAAUACGGCUGGGGACCUAGCGGAGCCAACGCUGGAGACUCCUGAACUGGAGAAAUCGAAUCCCCUGAGUCAUAAACCAUCAGAUGAGGACGUCCCCGGACUUUCUCAACGUACAACAGCAAGCGCUGGUGAAGCAUCAGGGCCGGAACUUGAAAGGGAGGUGCCAGAUCCGAAUACCGACGCUAUUCCCGUGAGUAAGCAAACAACGGCGGGCACCGAUGCAGGCACCGCGCCUCUAGAAAAGACCAUUUCUGAAGACCCUCGUGCGUCGAAGCUGACAGAAGGCGAGCCGGGCCAGGCCAGUGCCGAGGAAGUGUAG